AUGGAAACAGAGGCGCCCUCGCACCUCACGUUCACAUGUGCCGUCGCCUCCGCGCAAGGCCCUCGAGAUGAGAUGGAGGACACGCACACGAUCGUCAUUCCUUUCGCAGGAGUACACGGCCAAGCCCUCUUCGGCAUCUUUGACGGCCAUGGGGGGGACGAGGUCGCGAAAUGGUGUAACAAGCACUAUCCCGAAUGCUUAUUGAAGGCAUUAAAGCAGAGCAAGAAGAGAAAUAUAACAGAAUCAAUCAAGCACUCUUUCAACGAUGUGGAUCGUAACAUCCACGAUCUGUGGGCCAAGUCGGAUGGGGAGGUUCGCUCCGGGAGCACAGCCGUUGUUGCCUUCAUACGCCUGGAGGAUGAUAGCGGGCAGCAGUCAUUCAUACCUCCCGAUUAUGGCCCCCUCAAAGCAGUCGUGCGAGGUGCCAGUCGUGACAGUGAAGCCAACAGUGAGCGGACCUGUGGCAAUUUUACCUACCCGAGCUACGCUACUAGGGUUGACGACGCCAUAAUCCCUCCAUCCGAAGUCCGCAGAGUGCUCUAUUGUGCCAACGUAGGAGAUGCACGAGGAGUCCUCUGCCGUGCAGGAAAGGCCAUGCGCUUGACAUACGACCACAAAGCAUCCGACAAGCGUGAGGCGGCCCGUAUCGAGAAGGAGGGGGGCACUAUCGAGGACGGGCGGGUGGAUGGCAUGCUCAUCCCGACGCGCGCUCUCGGAGACCCGGAGAUGAACCACUAUGUCACGAGCAACCCGUAUACUACGGAGAUCGAGCUCGGCGACAGCGACGAGGUUCUCAUAUUGGCUUGCGAUGGGUUGUGGGACGUCCUCGAAGAUCAGGAGGCGGUGGAUCUCGUUCGCGGUACCCGCGAUGCGAUGGAGGCAGCGCAGAAACUCCUGAACGAGGCGCAGGUGCGCAAGACUUCGGACAAUGUGACCGUGCUCGUAGUCCGUCUGCAGGGCCCUCCGAAAGGCGUUUGA